GCAGUUUGAUCCAAGUGAAGGGGGCUGCAUGAUCACUCUUCCGUCUGACAUGGUUGAAUGGAGAAGGGGCAGACCAGAGAAGAAAGAAUACGUCCACAUAUGCUACACGAGCAGGCUUAUGGAGGGGAUCCCCUUCAGGAGGUUGGUACUCAAUGGUCUCAAGACGGUCGUGGGGGACAGGUCUGCGAACUGGUUGGACCACUUGGUGAUCGGUUGGCGGUAUGGUGACGCGAUCGGGGCCAAGCUCUGUAAGUCGGGGCAGGUCUUCAAAAAGUUCAAGUUCGCGGAGUGGGAGGCAAAUUACCUACCUGAGUGCUGCCUAUGCGGUGCAGGGAGGCAUGCUGAGUUUCUCAACCCUGCCGCAAUCAGACUUCUACCGGCGGAGGGUUGUCUACACGUUAUCACCGCAGACACAUGCAUCACCAACAAUGGGCAGCUGCAGCUUAUGCUCAACGCGGGCCUCAAUCAUAUACCUAUGAAGGCGUUGGAUGAAGGUGUUGCGCUAGAGGAGGUAGAGCAGGCUGUGGACUGCAUUCUGGCAAGCAACAGGUGUGAUAUGGAGCUAUCGAUGGAAGAGGAGACGGAGGUCAAGAAGGUGGUGAUGAAGGACGCAGAGAAACGCUUAAGAGAGUACCGUAUCAGUCAUAGGUAUAUAACGGAGGAGCCUUUCAACAGCAUUGCGGUAAGGAGCGAAGUCGAAUGGCUGACGAAGAGAUAUCUGGUCUGCCUGACUGAGAAAGCCCCGCAUAUGCCAACCUUCGUAUGUGUGAACUUUAUCAUAAAGUUAGCGCUCGCACGCGUCUCCGGACCAGACUUCGUGCAGCUUCCCGAGCAACCAUCAGCUGCUGCUGCCAGACUGAGGGAGGCAGCUACUGCGAUUGCGCCCAUAGGAGCGAUGGCCGAGAAGAUGCCACUACCGCAUCUUAUGGUGGUGUACAAGGCGCAUAAGGAGGCGUUCAGAUGGAUCACCAACACAGUUGGCACUGUGCUCUCGGGUGUUGCGGAUGUAUGCACGCGCGUGCCUUCUAAAGCUCCUGUCUCUUGACGUACAAGCCCUGUGUGCCAAUAAGAGUGACGAGAUCUUCAAAGAGCAUGGAAUGGCUCAGAAGAUACGAACCUUAGUCACUAGGUUGGACAACUGACGGGCUGACGAACUACUGUAAGGCUUGCGUCUGUUCGAACGGUGAAUCUGCGGAUUUGUGUCUUGUCUCCCCUUCUGUGUCCUGUCUAUCUCUGUUGUUGUUUCUUUUUGGGUCAUUUUUCUUUUCUCAUCCGUUCAUUUUUUUAUUUUUUCAUUUUUUCAAUUUUUUAUUUUUUCAUUUUUUUUUGGCUUUGUUACGCGGCAACUUACGCCCAUUUAGAUGCCUGUACCAUAGAAGGCCGAUACGGAUGCAUCAGAUGGACCUCCGUAAGCCAGGUUCGAGCAAUAAAAUUCCAAUACGAAA